AUGUCACGCCUAUUUUCUCUUGGUCCCUUCAUCCUCCGGCCUCUCCGCGCCUCAUCCAUAAUCACCCCCAUCGCAACGCGCACCUACGCCGCCUCUUUCCUCCAAUCCUCUCCCUCUCCACCCCGUCUUCCAGCAGACCAGCAAGCCGAGUUUGAGCGCCUCCAACGAGCCGCCGAAGCCGCCCUCUCCUCCCACAACCAGGUCCCCGCCGACCAGCCCCUCUCGACGUCAAGACACGUCUCCUCCCCCUCUACCGACCCUGCCCAGCAACCAGCAGAAGCAAAGACUGCCCAGCCAGAAGAAGAGCCGACCUUUAGCGGUGGCAUCAGGAAGGGUGCCCCUCCCGAGUUUGAAGGAGAUGUCAACCCCAAGACGGGCGAAGUGGGCGGACCAAAGAACGAGCCUCUGAGAUGGGGUGACAAGGGUGAUUGGAGCUACAAUGGGAGGGUGACGGAUUUCUAA